AUGGCUUCCGUUCUCACUGUUGGUCUCGGUGUGGCUACCGCCGCCUUUCUCGGCCGCGCCGGUCUGGUCGCCUACCGCCGCUCCCAGGGUGGCGUCAACGCCGCAGGAAAGGCUUUCUUCAAAGGAGGAUUUGAGCCGCGCAUGAACCGUCGCGAGGCGUCCCUGAUUCUUGAGCUCCCCGAGCGCCGAUUGACCAAGGACAAGGUCACCAAGAAGCACCGCCAGCUCAUGCUCCUCAACCACCCCGAUCGCGGCGGCAGCCCGUACCUAGCCACGAAGAUCAACGAAGCCAAGGAGUUCCUCGAGAAACAUGGUUAA